AUUGAAUUUGAAAUAUCAGUAUUCAGUACCUGGGUUUUGCAAUAAUUUAAAAAUUUAAAUACACAAACGAGCCAAUCAAUACAAGGAAAAACUAACUUUAUUUGGAAGUUGAGUCACAAAAUUCCCACGACUUACCGGUUUGUACCUUUUUCCAUAACUUAUCUCGAACAACCUUCGCGGUUUUGUUGUCAUUUGUGUCGGCGCAUGUCGAUAAAAAGUGAGUGGAUGUUGUAGUUAGGUUGUUGCAUUCAACAUUAACGCCCCGUUUAGUUGUCCGUGAAUCAAGACACGAUCAAUACGUGAAAAUGGCUAGCGGCAGAAUCGUCGUCUACGGUGGACGUGGUGCUCUAGGCGCCGCUUGUGUAAAUCAUUUUAAGAAAGCGAACUUCUGGGUCGCAAGUGUCGAUCUCAACCCGAACGAGAGUGCGGACGUCAAUAUUACAGUUCCAAAAGACGCCUCAUGGGUCCAGCAAGAGGAAUACGUCGUGAACGAACUCGGCGCGGCAUUGCAAGGUCAGAAAGUGAAUGCUGUGAUAUGCGUGGCCGGCGGCUGGGCUGGCGGGAACGCGGCUAAGGACCUAAGUAAGCAAGCGGAACUUAUGUGGCGCCAAUCGGUGUGGAGUUCCACCAUUGCAGCGACAGUUGCAGCUAAAUACCUGAGUCCUGGUGGUCUGGUUGCAUUGACAGGCGCUAAAGCCGCUUUGGAAGGUACGCCUGGUAUGAUUGGUUAUGGUCUCGCUAAAGGAGCUGUGCACCAACUUACAAAAUCUUUGGGUGCUAAAGAUUCUGGGUUACCAGAGAAUUCUCUCGCAGUUGCAAUAUUGCCUGUGACUUUGGAUACAGAAAUGAACAGAAAAUGGAUGCCUAAAGCUGAUUUUGGUUCGUGGACGCCUCUAAGCUUUGUCGCUGAGCUCUUUGCGAAGUGGAUGAAGGGCGAAGAAAGACCUCCGAGUGGCAGUCUUGUAGCACUUGUUACUAAGGAUAAUGUUACUGAUUUGAUUGUACAGUAAUUUACUGUAAUAGGUUGGAAAUUGGCAGCUAAUAUCACAAAUGCUAUCAUUAAGUAUAACAAAUAACUUAAUCUUAAAAUGGAUAUUGGAAAUAUGGUCAACAUAAACUUUGUACCUACUGGUUGGUGUACUAAUUGUUAAAGAUUUUAUCUCCAACAUUCUAUCUUGUUUUUUACAUUGUCAUUGGUUAACAAAAAAUGUUUCAUACACAAGAAAAAUUAUGAUUAAAGUUUAAUAAAUGCUCUAUUGAGUGAAUAACUCUACUCAGAAUACAAGGUAUAUAGCUUCAGUAUACAAGAUCAUAAUAUCUCAGCAGGGUUAUGAUUUGCAGUAUGGUUUUUUCAGUCUAUGAGCAGACACAUAAUUAUAUAUUUUGUAUGGCACAUCCUAUAAAAAAUAUAUAAUUGUCAAAUUUCUCAUACAAUUUAAUUGUUGUUAUUGAUUCCUAUUGGUUAUUAUUUUUACAAUAAGUACAUACUUAAUAACUGAUUUAUGAAUUCUUAAACAAGACUCAAUCAGCAUCAUGUUCUUAUAGAUAGAACUUUAAUAUAUUAUCUCAUAACUUAUGGUUGAUGUAAUAAGAAUAUUAUGUUGCAUGUGCUAUAAUCAAAAUUAUUCUUAAUUUAUAUGUUAAUUCCUUGAUAUAUGUACAAGUAAACUGUUAUCAGUUUUUAUAGUAGUAUUUGUGGUAUUGGCCGCCAAUCAACAUUAAUUACCUAUAUUACAUUUAUCAACAAAGGUUAUGAAUGUUAUGAUGUUGGAAUAACUUAUCUCAAAAGUGGUGUACAAUAAGUUUAGUUUAUAAGUGAUAUAUGCUUUGAAUGUAUUUUUUUAAACUUAGUUUUAUAUGUUGCAUCAAAUGACUUAAGGGAACAAUCUCAUAAUAUUAUAGAAAACAUAAAAAUAUAAUAUAUA